AACCAGUUUAAAAGAAAAUUUCAUAAUAUGCGGACGGUUUUGCGAGAUCAUACUUUGAUACUCUGAGUGAUUUUGCAAUAUUUUUGGUGUUGUAAUUGAUAAGAUUUUUUUCUUUGAAAGUGUUACCUGUGAUAUAUUGCAGCAAAAUGAGAAUUAUUUUUUGUGUUGGGCUCCUUCUAGUCCUUUUCUCUGCACAAAAUGCGGAGAGUUACAAUAUUUUAGGAAUCUUUCACACGGCUGGAAGAUCCCAUUACAUUUUAGGAGCAGCCCUCAUGAAAGGACUUGCAGAAGCUGGGCACAAUGUAACGAUUGUUGCCCCAUUUCACCAUCCAAGUCCCACAGAUAACAUGCGAGAAGUCAUUAUCACAACACUACCACAAGUUGAUGUCAGCAAAGAUUUUCUUAGUGAAGAUCCAAAACCAUUUAUUGAGCAAAUUCAUAGUUUUAUCGAAAUGGUGAUCAAUAUGACGGAUAUUAUAAUGAAAGAUCCUGCAGUUGUUGAGCUCAAGGAACGGCGUGAAAAGUAUGACGUCAUUAUUCAGGAAGUAUUUUUGGCUGAAUCCCUUUUAGGAUUCGGGGAAUAUUUCAACGCCCCAAUUGUUGGUCUUUCAACGUUUGGAGCUUCUAAGUGGACAACAGAUUUGAUUGGAUCACCUUCACCACCCUCAUAUGUUCCUAAUGUGCAAAUGCAAUUUUCCGAUCGUAUGAGCUUCUACGAGAGAUUGGUUAAUAUUAUUGCGGUCACUUUCGAUGAGCUCUAUUUUGGACACUACUUUCACGGAAAACAGGUUGAAUUAUAUAAUAAGCAUUUUCCAAACGCUAAAUUUACCCUGGAUGAAGUUAAGAAGACCCACGUGUCUCUCGUUCUUCUCAACUCUCACGUCUCUUUGGGAUACCCUCGGCCUUAUCUGCCAAAUAUGAUUGAAAUUGGCGGCUUUCACGUGAACACACGUUCUCAACCUCUCCCUAAGGACCUUCAGGAGUUUUUGGAUACAGCACCCAAUGGGGUUGUUUAUUUUUCUCUGGGAUCAAAUUUAAAAUCUGCAGACUUACCCAUUGAUAAACGUGACGCCUUGCUGAGAGUUCUUGGGAGUCUUCCUGUUAGAGUUAUGUGGAAAUGGGAGGAUGAUACAAUGCCAAAUCAACCAAAGAAUGUUCUGGUGCGGAAAUGGUUCCCACAGGAUGACAUCCUGGCACAUCCAAAUGUGAGAAUUUUCAUCACUCACGGCGGGCUUCUUAGCAUAAUGGAGUCAAUUUAUCAUGGAGUUCCUGUGCUUGGCAUUCCAUUUUUUGCUGAUCAGCACAUGAAUAUUGGAAGGGCUCAGAAAGCAGGAUAUGGUCUCACGGUUGAAUUCAAGAACCUAACUGAAGAAUCAAUGUCCUGGGCAGUAAAUGAAAUGCUCACGAAUCCAAAGUAUUCCAAACAAGCCAAAGCUGUAUCUGCUCGAUUCCGAGAUCAGCCAGAAGAUCCAAUGAGUCGUGCUAUCUAUUGGAUAGAGUACGUUGCACGCCAUCAAGGGGCUAAGCAUUUAAUUUCAGGAGGACAGGAGCUUAAUUUUAUUCAGUAUCACAAUUUGGAUGUCUUUGGGUUCUUGCUUUUAAUCCCUGUUUUAGUUAUUUUGGGAAUAAGAUGGCUACUCAGGAAAAUCUUCUGCAAAGGAAGUAGCAAGAAAACAUUGUCCCAGAAAAAAAAAUUUAAUUAAAAAUGUUGAAAUGUGUAAAUAUUGAAAUAAAAUGUUUUUCCUGAUGAAA